AGGAGGAGGAGGAGGAAGGCUCGGCUGCCGCCGUGCCCUGCCCCGCCGCCGCCCGCGGGGGAGGCACGGACCCCCCGGCGCUCUCGGCCGCGGCUGGAGCCGGCCCGGCGGGGAGCCCCGGGGAGCCAGCGGCCGCGCAGCGAGCCUCAGAUGCGUCUGUCACACAACCCCGGCCGAGCUAUUUAAAGUAACGGGCCUCGCCGGACUUUGUCUCUGCCUAUUUAUGAGUCCCCGGGAGCCGGCAGGCGCCGCCGGGCAGCGCUAGGAGCCGAGCCCGCAGCGCCGAGCCCCGCGGGGGGAAGCCAGCGCCGAGCCGGGGCGGCGGGGCCGGGCCGCCGGGCCGGGCCGGGCCCGCCCGGAGCAUGACGGCGAUCGGGGCGCUCCUGCUCUGCUCCUGCCUGGGUUUGCUGCGGCCGGGCGGCGGGCAGCCCUUCCUGAGGCUGCGACCCUCGCCCAGCGACAACCUGCCCGUCAAAGACAUCGUGGAGCACCCGGACCCCGAGUACGACCCCAAGGAGCAGGACCUGGACGAGAGGACUCUGCGCAAGAAGCUGGGAAGCCAUUUCGACCCCGGCUUCAUGGCCGUGGCCGUGCCGGGCCCCGCCAACGCCUCGGGCGCCGAAGCGGCGGCGGCGGCUGCGGGGCGGGCGCGGGGGGCGCUGCCCGCGGAGCUGCGGCGGCUGGAGCUGGGCGCACCGCCCCACGGGCCGCGCCUGCGGGUGGGCAAGAAGGCGAGGCGAAAGGUGCUGCAGUGGCUCUGGGCGUACACCUACUGCCCCGUGCUCUACACCUGGAAGGACCUGGGGGUGCGCUUCUGGCCGCGCUACAUCAAGGAGGGCAACUGCUUCGCCGAGAAAUCCUGCUCGCUGCCCGAGGGCAUGUUCUGCAAGCCCGUCAAAUCGGUCACCAAGACCUUCCUGCGCUGGCACUGCCAGGGUUGGUCCAGCCAGAAGUACUGCACCUGGAUCCCCGUGCAGUACCCGCUCAUCUCCGAGUGCAAGUGCUCCUGCUAGCCGCCGGCCCGGCACGGCUCGGCUCGGCACGGCACGGCCCCCCCGCCUCCCUCGGCCCCUUGCACUGGUUUCUUUUUUCGUUUGGAUGUUUCGUGGUUAUUUUUUUUUUUUUUUUUUUUUUGCCCCCCCCCCCUCCCUCUCCUCCCCUCCUGGGCGCCCGGGGAGGGGAAAGGGGGAAGAGGAAGAGGAGGGGGGGGGGAGGAACCGUUUUUUUUUUUUUGACUUAUUUUAAUGUUAUUUUAUUUGAAAGGGGGAAAAGCGAACCCAGGAACUGCAGGGCAGGCCAAAGGCACAGUAAAGCACUACAAUCAGAUGUCUAUUUUUAUACGUAUAUAGCCUUCUAACAAAAGGGAAAAAAAAAAUAAAAAAUAAUAAAAAAAAAAUACCAGUCGUGUAAAUAGAGAGAUUUUAAAGGAAAGGGGGAAAAUUGCAGCUGUUUUUUAUUAUUAUUAUAAUUAUUAUUGUUAUUAUUAUUAUUUUAAAAACAUAGGACCACAUUUUAAACCUGUCCCCACAGAACCUGAGCGCUUCCCUGCUGAAGGGAAGGGCAGAAAUUUCCUGUAAAGAUGAUUUUAACAAAAGGAAAAGGAGGGGGAAAGAAAAAAAAAAAAAGAAUGAAAGAAAGAACGGCAGCAUCCCUGAAGACAGUUGUUCCUCUGUGCUGUAUUUUUUUUUCCGUCUUCUUCAGACCUUGUCACUGGUGUUUCAACUAAUUCGCCAAGCUCUCUAGGUUUUUUUUUUUUUUUUAAGUGUAUAACAAUUAAUUAAGGAGGAAAUUUUAAAGAAAAGUACAAAUCUAUGAAAGAGUGGAAUCGUUUUGUUGUGUGGGAAUACAUAUAGUCAUGUAGAGAUGCUAAAGGAAAUUUUCUGUGUACAGUUUAUUUAUUUUUAAUGUUUGUGUAUAGGAAAAAAAAAAAAAAAAGAA